AUGAAACUCGACAACGGGACACUGCCCAAUUGCACCUAUAGAUAUAUUUCCACCGAUCCACAAACGACUUUCGCUAGAUGGGUGGACGGGCCGUGCACCUCAUUAGCCGCCAUUCUUGCCUUGACGGGCACUGUCUUCGCCGCGAAGUUCUUAUGGAAAGCCGGUCUCAACAAACACCUCACAGCUGCUCUCUUCUCUUUAUGCAUUGUCGAUUCCCUUCUGAUGUGCACAGUGAUAUUCUCGUACUCGAUCGAGGCAAUCGGAAUGGUUUUUCUUGGAACGAAUGUCAUGUACAAGAAUCAGGGUUUCACCACCUCUUUACACGGAGUCGCCUCAUCGAUGACUACAAGCUCGACUCUUCUUGUCAUCUACAUUACAUUUCAACGUUUCAUGGUCGUGAUUCGACCGUUGCGAUAUGCGAAUGCGCUACAAGAAAGGAGCACUCGAAGCACUCAACGACGAAUGACACAAAUCUCGAUCCCCGGACUGAAAAAUCGAAAAGAACCAUCGUCGGGUGAUUCGACCCAACUCUUACCCACACUAACGCCAAUGGAUUUCGUUCGAGAGCUCGAUUUACGCAAAAUACUCAAGCCAUACUUGAUUCCAUUAUUCGUUGUGCUGCUCUCUUUCGCCAUCAACAUCCCCGUCCACUUUGAAUUCACGAUUGAACCGUGCUGGGACUGGGAUCACAAAGAUGAGGCCACUUGCCCGGCGGCUACUCUCUUUAGAGAAGAUUUUGCCCGCUACAAAGCUGUACUCAACACAUUGACGCAAACAGUCGGCCCGGUGGCAACAAUCUCUUUGCUAACGCUUCUCACUGAGAUGAAAGUACAUCGAAGUCUCAAAGAGCGCAGAAAACUUUUCGAGAGUCAAAAGCGUUCUCGAGCUGUUGUAUUGACAGAAGAAUUGAAAGAAAAAGUCUCCCGAACAGUCUCAAUUUUCAUCGCUGUCAAGUUUCUCAUUUUAAGAGCAUCUAAUUGGCAAGACCGAUCGAUUUUUCCAUUGGCUUCUCGUAUUCGGGAAACUCGAAACGAAAUGUUCUCG